AUCAAAAUCGAAAUUGUCAAAACGUCAUCCAUUCGUCCGUCUCGACAGACGCAUUUUAAUUUUAUAUUAAACACACCCUUUUAAAAUAAACUGUAUUUUAAUAUCUGACGACAUGUAUUGAAGUAUAGUUAUUCGGCAUCAAAGCGUUCAUCAUGUUUUUAUGACAUCUUUUAUUUAAAAGAGGCGAAAUGUCGAAGGCUAUAAUAAUACCAGAAUGUAACAAGAAUUUUGGGGGGAUCAAGGACGAAAUAGCGUUGUCCCCGAACGACAAAAAAGAUGGUGCAAUUGGUUUGUUCAGUCGACUACUGCGUUUAGAUUCACUUAAAAGAAAUUCUGCUCCUGGGAGCCCGACGUCUACAGAGCCACCAGCUACGUAUUAUGGAGUUUACAUACCAUGUGAAAUCAAGAAAGGACCUGAUGAAGAGGCACUGCAUGUUUACAAGAACAAGUCGGAAGCUCUGGAACUGGUGCGUCGUUACAAGUUAGCCAGAUUCAAGGCAUUUCACAACUAUCAGGAUGCUGUCUCCUUUGCCCUGAGGGGUGCUGAACCUGUGGAUACAAUAGAUGGGAAUGAUAACUCUUUAAUGGGAGAAAAACCAUACCCGUUCAAAGCUCCAUCACCACAGGACAUGGUGGCACUGCGCAAGGCAAUCGAGGCCGGCCUGGCCACCACCGUUCGUGACCGAGUCUGGGAGAACCCUCGGUUCCUCAUCAGCAGUGGCAACACGCCAGCUAUCAUGCAAGAAGGCUCUCGGUAUAACGCGCUCCACGUUGCAGCGAAAUCGAUGAACGCAGAAAUAUGCAACUUAAUACUGACAACGGUGGGCAAUCCCACCUUUGUACAGACACUAUAUGGGGCGGACGCCGAUCCCGAAUCUUGUAAGGAAUUCGCAUCAAUUCUGAUGGACCGAUACCUGAACACGCCCGACAAGGCGAUGAAUGAGACGCCGCUGCACUUCGCGGCCAAGUUCGGCGCCGAGGAUGCGGUGGAUGUGCUCACAUCAUUCCCUCAGUGCAACCGCACCGCCGUCAACAAGUACGGCGAGCAGCCGAAGGACAUAAUUUGCAAGAGAUCAUCAUCGUCGUCGCCAGAGACGGUGCGACGUAUCUCGACGAUGCUGCAGGACCGCUACUAUGUUCCGGUGCUGCACUCGGAGGACGACAGUGGAGCGCCCACCAUUGGACGCCCCUUUACGCCAGCCGUGCCGCCCGAAAUUAACAGUGAUCCACUGAGUCCCCGGUACGAGAUCCGUGCGUUCGCGGGUCCCAUGGCGGCGCGAGAAGCUGACCAGUUCCGUCGCCGCUGGAAGACUCCGCCGCGGACUCAGAAGGGACCCCUGGCGCCCCCUGCCUUCAGGUUGCGGGACCUCGCUAAGGGACUCGAGAAUGUGGGCCGGAAUUUAGCAGAUGAAAUGAAAAUUGGCUGGAAAGAGUAUUGGCCAUUCUUAGACACUUUCACAGAUUUAAGGACGCUAGAAGGUCUGACGUUAUUGGAGAAUUAUUUAAAAAGCAAAUACGAGAGCGCCUGUUCAUACGCAUACAGCGACAGUUGCGCGCAAUCACACGUGACGCCCGAUGACUUAUCUCUCUCCAGAAUAAGCUUAGGAUCCUCCCAGUCUACUCCCAUCAAAGAUACUGUGAGUCCUAUGUCCAAAUUAUGUGUGGCUUUGAAGGCGUGCAAGAUAUCAUCUGAUAGGCCCCCACAUUGGAGGAAAACAGAUCCAAUCCGACAAAGGCUCUGCAGACAGCCGAGUCUUAAAAACAGCUUGACGAAUGGCGAAUCAACACCCACGAUAAACCACACCGUCAACCAAUUAUUAUGUAUAGAAAGAACAUGCCAAGUUUUCGCUAAAAGAAUAGCGGACGCCUUGAUAUUUUCACUGACAGCCGAACCGGAAGUAGCUGGCGAUUCGUUGAAAGGAGAAGCAAAACAUUUACAACACACAAUGUUCACAUACAUGGAUGAUGAGAGGUUUCAGAAGAUCGACUUCGCGUUGAUACAUUCAAGGCUGGCGCAACUAGUCGUUUUCAAAUUCAAACAUCAGACACACGAUUUGGACGAUAUAAAUAAUUUAGUUGAGUUUCUAGUGAAGUUACGGUGUCCGAACGACGAUAUAUUCAGUUCUGACGAUGAAAGGAAACCAGUGUCUUAUAGAGGGACAACCAGGGUCAAGAACACUCAUGUGAUCGAUGCCCAUAUUAGGUGUUUAGCUAGUUUUAUAUGUGAAGAAUUGACAGAGGCGGAGGUGACGAAAGCCCCAGCGACCUCUGAGGGCGAGUGCUCAGAGAUCUGGGAUAAGGCUUCGAAAUGCCGUUGCGAUUGGAAAAUAGAAGCGUUCGAAAGAAAUAGUAAGAAGAAUACGUCAUUUAGAAAAAAUAGGUCUAUUUUGUCAACGAGUCCGAAAAACGAUAGUUUUAUAAGGCGAUUGUCAUUUGACUAUGAUAUAGGUGAUGGUAAACUACAACGCAACGAAUCUGAAAAGCCGAUGAGCAUAAACUCCCCGGCGGGUGACAACGGUGCAACAAUAUUCACUGUCGACAUGGCCAAAUGCCAAGUUAUCGAAGCAGAGAUAUCUGAAGACGACUCGGCGGCGUCGUGUAACUCUGAGGACGGCGACGAGUAUCAGACGGCGUCGGAACAUUCGGAGCACGAGGAGGAAGACGAAGGGCCCGAACUCGACAUGCACGAGGCGAGCGACCGCGCUGUCGCCGAACCGUUCAUAUACGGUGAGGAGCCGAGCAAAAUGGACCGGCUCGUGUUCGACGCGCUAUGCGAGUGUAACAUCAAUGUGCAGCAGUUCCCCAACGUGUACCGCUGGCGGCACACGGUCGCGCUUUAUUCACCCACUGAACGUGACAAAUGGAAGCCGGUCCCGUCGGCGGAUGAGAGCUUGUCGUCGAUGUCCGUGUGCGCGAGUCCGGGGGCGCAGACCCCGCGGCGAGCACGGGCCUCCGCCCCGCUCGCGUCGUCGCCCGCCGCACGCUCCACGCCCUGCAAGGACGGCAGGGGCGAGUGCUGCAGGGCUGUGCCCUUACAGGUGUCAAACUGGCUCAGAGUGACAGGUCCAAACUCACCACGGUCAGCGGUUGCAUCUAAAAACGUCGGACACAACGUUAGCUUUGGAUUUUGAUUUGAUCAAAAUUUUUAUUAUUCUUUGUAUUACUGCCAGACAUAAAUAACGGUUGUUGGGAAUCUCACUCAAAUAUCUACUAUGUACUAUUUUAAUAAACGUAUUUAAUUUAAAUACUAAAAAUAAUAAUUGUGUAUUAAAACACAACGUGAAACCCAUCAAUUCGUUUUUGCAACAUUAUUUGAUUCAAGGUAUUUUAUUUAGUUUUUUUUUAAUUGAUAUUUAAUAAUGAGUAUUUGAGUAAUAAUUAGUAUUCUUUUUUUCUAUGAUUAUUUUGAUUGGAUGAAUAUAUUUUUUCUUGACCUAUUACAGGACUAAUUAUAAUAAAUAAAUCUGUGGCAUUGUACUUUUAGAUUUAAUGUAAUCAAUGGAGUGAAUGAAACUACUAAAUGUGAAACUUCAAAUAUUUUAAGAGUUAUUUAACUGCAUUGAUUCGCUUCUAAAAAAAUCAAACAGUGGAAAAAUAUUUUAAUAUUAAUAUGUAAAUAUUUUCAUACAGAAUAAAUUUAUUGACCUAUCUAUAGAUACUUAUUAAAUUUAUUUAGUCGCAUCGUUGUUAAAAACUCGACAUUCUCUUUUAACAAAUAUAUAUAGCAAUGAUCGUGCUAAUGAAUGGUUGUAUAUAAUUUUUUAUUAUAAUAAUUGUUUUGUUGAAUUUCCAUAGAGUGAUAAUUUCACUGUUUAAUUCUCAGCCCUAUAUAAAUUGUGACAAUAAUGUUUCACUGGAUUAAUGAUUAGCAUUUAUAGUUGUGUUAUCACAAUCUUUAGUCUAUUACGUAAUGUAUUAUUUGUAUUGUAUGUUGCCAAAUAUGGUAAAAUAAUACGUGGUGAUGAUAAUGUUACGAAUGUUUGUACUUUUAUAAUGAAAAAAGAAAAAUAGUAAAAGAAAUGUAUGUUUUAUAAAUGUUUUAAUUCACAUAGACAUUAGAAAAAUAAAUUAUGACUGGUUCA